CUAAUAAUAUUGGAAUCGAAGGCAUAGCACAUUUGCGACUAUGUGGCUCCUCCUAUUUGUCUGCGGGGUCUCCUUGACCCAAGCGCUGGAUAACGGUCUAGCGCUGACCCCUCCUAUGGGCUGGCUCACCUGGCAGCGAUACCGAUGUCUCACCGACUGCUCUGUAUACCCUGACGAGUGUAUAAGUGAGAAGCUGAUAAAGCGCACAGCGGAUCUCAUGGUGAACGAGGGGUACCUGGAAGCGGGGUACAAUUACAUCGGCAUCGACGACUGCUGGAUGGAGAAGAACCGGAGUGCCAACGGAAAACUCGUGCCGGACCACGUGCGGUUCCCGAACGGCAUGAAGAUGCUGGGCAAAUAUGUCCACAGCAAAGGCCUAAAGUUCGGCAUCUACCAGGACUACGGUACGAAGACGUGCGCAGGCUACCCUGGAGUCAUGGGGCAUGAGCAGACUGACGUGGAUACCCUCGUCAGCUGGGGCGUGGACUACAUCAAACUGGAUGGCUGUUAUUCUAAGCCUGAGGAGAUGAAGACAGGAUAUCCAGACUUCGGAAGGAUGCUGAACAAUACAGGGCGUCCGGUCCUGUACUCCUGCAGCUGGCCUGCUUAUCUCGAACCAAACAGUAUUUUGCCUAACUACACAGUGAUUGCAGAGAACUGCAAUCUUUGGCGCAACUGGGACGACAUAGAAGACUCUUGGGAAAGUCUUCUCGGCAUCAUGAACUGGUUCGCCGACAAUCAGGAGCGCUUGGCGCCGUUCGCUGGCCCGGGACACUGGAACGACCCUGACAUGUUACUAGUAGGCAACUACGGCCUAUCUCUGGACCAGGCGAGGGUGCAGAUGGCGGUGUGGGCCGUACUAGCGGCGCCGCUCCUCAUCAGCGCGGACCUGUCUCGCAUGCGGCCGGAGUUCAAGAAGAUCCUGCUGAAUAGGGACAUCAUUGCCGUCAACCAAGACCCACUGGGGAAGCAGGGGCUCAGAGUAUUUAAUGAUUCGAAACAUCACAGGCAGAUCUGGACUCGUGAGCUGUCAGAUAACUCGUACGCCGUGGCGUUUGUGAGCGUCCGAGUCGAUGGCGUGCCUUACGCUGUAUCCUUUAUACACGAUAUGAAGAUACCAGCGCGUUUCUAUCGGGUUCAGGAUCUUUACAACGAAGAAGAAGACCGACAGUUGGGCGCUGAUCAGAAAUUUACGACCCGAAUAAACCCCACAGGAGUCAAGUUCUACAAAUUUAAUCCUGAUGGGCAGUCUGAGGAAAACAUUAAGAAUCCCGGAGAAGAUUCGUUGAAAAAUAUCAAUAUGAAUGUUGAUAAUUACUUAGAUAAGACUGUUGUUGUUGUAUAA